GUAACAAAAACUUUGGAUGCUUCGGUUAAAUUUACUGUUGCGUGCCACGAAACGCCAUGGAAAUGUCUUUAUGGACAUAUCAAUCGACGGGAAGGAUCCUAGAAGGGUAUCCUUUGAAUUAUUUUACAAAAAGUGUCCCGUGGCUUCAGAGAAUUUUUUGAAGCUAUGUACGGGUGAAAACGUUCUUUCCGAGGUACCGAGUAUAGAGGGCCUUAGUAGUCCUUCCUUUGGCGACCAGUUCCUCCCCCAACUCACAUACCGCAAUACUACUUUUCAUCGGAUAUGUCGAGGCUAUCUAAUACAAGGAGGCGAUCUAGUUAGUGCGCGAGGCACGGAACAGCUUUCGAUUUACGGUGAAACGUUUGAUGCCCCAAACGAGGUUCAGUCAUCGGUAUUCGACCGCAAAGGGUUGUUAGGAACUGCUGUAAGCGCACCCCAUCUCAACGGCUCGCAGUUUUUUAUCUUGACUGCGGGUGCUGCUCACCACCUCGACAGCACCUGUAUUUGCUUUGGACAAGUAGUUGAUGGGUGGGAUGUUGUCAAAGCGAUAGAAAACACACCUAUUCAGCCAAAUGGAUUUCCGAGCGAGCGCAUUGAAGUAGUGCAUUGCGGUGCCACAUGAGGGUAUGCUGUCCCAACUUGAAGGGUCAUGAGCAGAUCUCAAACAAAAUAAACAACAUUAACAGUAUGAAUCUCUAAAGGUUCGAUCUAAACAAAA